AUUUCGAAGAGAGUUCAUCCAAGGUGAGUGGUGUGUCAAGUUCAAAAUAUAAAGGUGAGUGGUGUGGUCAACAAUACUACUGUACUCCUUCCCAAAGCCUGAUCCAAACGUACUCUGUCCCUGCUACCACGCUCCUUGGGUACAAAAGAACACCGCCCUCUGUCCCUCACUGCUACUGCUCCUUCCUUGCAAAGCCAAACCAUGGCCGGACCAUCUCUCCCGACGCCACCGGUGGUGGAGGAGCCACAGACGGGGGCUGCCAAGUCGGCGACGACGGUCGAUGCCCUCCCCGUGGACAGCCUCCGCAACAUUCUCGGUCGCCUCUGCCUCGCCGACCUUCUCCGUGCCGCCCUCGCCUGCCACCGCUGGCGCCGCGUCGCCGCACGCUGCCUCCCCCGCUCCGCCCCUCUCCUCGGCUACUUCUUCCACCCAACGGCCACCGGUUUGCCGCCGCCCAUGAACACGCGAUCCAGGGACAUCGACACCCCCGCCGUCUUCGCUCCCUUGGACGCCUCCGCCCCAAAGCUCUCCGUCGACUUCGCUCCGGGGGCCUCCCGCUACGAGCUCCACGACUGCCACCAGGGCCUCCUGCUUCUCGAGCCCCUCGGGUCGCUCCCCAAGGGCAUCCUCCCACGCCUCCUCGUCAUCGACCCGGCCACCCGCCGCCGCGUGCUCCUCUCGCCGCCGCCGCGCGACACGGCGCACGACGACCACCGCUGGCGCCGCUCCAGGCACUACGUCGGCUCCGCGCUUCUCUCCCGCGCGCACCCGAGCAAGCUCUGCUUCGAGGUCGUGUGCGUCUCCGUCGACGGCGGGCACCCGCGCGCCUGGGUCGCGUCCGUCGACGACGGCCGAUGCAGCUGGCGCACGCUCCCCCGGACCAUGGAGUUAGAGGUCGAUUUCGACCCUUGGUUGUUCGAGUCGCGCUGCGUGCACGCCGCCGGGAAGCUCUACUGGCACAUCUGCAACUCCUACCGCAUGCUCGUGUUGGACCCUGCGACGACGCACCUGUCCUACAUGCUGGCGCCGGCUGUAGUGUCGGACCAUUUCUGCACGUACCGCGUGGGAGAGACGCCGGAGGAUGGGCGUCUGUGCCUGCUGACCGUGGGACGUCGUUCGCGGCAGCUGCAGCUCUGGGUCCGCGGGUUGGCCAGGGGGAGCGACAACGGGUGGAUUCUGGAGAGGGAGAUGCUCAACAUGCGCGUGGUGUGGGACGCAGUGCCAGGCCUGCCCAAUGACCUGGGCCACAGGGUGUUCAGUGUCUGGCCCAGCGACCUGGACGCAGGGCGCACCGGCAAGGUGUUCAUCAGAACCAUGGGAUAUGGGCGCUACUCCGUACACCUGGACACCGCCAAGAUGGAGCGCCUGCACACCAAGCAUGGCAAGGAGUACGGCCACCCGAUCUACGCCUACUUCCUCGCGUGGCCGCCUGCCUUCCUCGCUCCAGAAUGCUGACUUCCCUCCCGGUGAUUGAUUGGUUCCUGACUUCUGAGAUGCGGAAUCAGCACAGUUUUUGUUUGAAGUCGGCUUGAAUCCUAUCACCUCUGGGCUCACUGAUGCCAUGUUCACCUUCACUCAACGCAAGAGGAAGAAGCCCUCCUAUUACCUUGUUAAUUUAGGGGCUGUUUUGUUCCCAGCCUAAGGUUGCCACGCCUAACCUUAAUCAUGCCACAUACCUUAGGUAUGUGUUUGGUUCAUUGUCAUAUUUAUGGCUUGUCACACUUUUCUAGUUAUAUGGUCCACAUGUCAUACACUUAUUUUUUACCAAAUCUUGACACACUUGUGAUGUCCAUUUUGUUGCCAUACUUUUUGUGACAGCCACACUUUGUCUAAGAUUAGUUGUGACAAAGUUAGUCAUGAACCAAAUAGGCCCUUAGACUAUCUAAGCAAUGUCGCCAGCUCCUAUAUUUGUAUUUUAUCUAUGCAUCAUUUGGACUUGAUAUUCUCAAGACUGUUAUCUAAGCAUCAUUUGGACCUGAUAUUCUCACGACAGUUAUGUAAGCAUGCCAGUAGGCAGUAAGAUUUA